AGUGACAGUGACUUUUCUUUAUUGUAAUUUGUUAUCGAUUUUGAUAUUAGUGAUAAAAAUCAAAAUGUCGCAAGCAGCACCUUUAUUAAUCGAAGAAGACAUUGAAAACGGUGGAAAGGAAUACGAAGAAGGUUUAGAAGAUGACUUUGCUUAUCGGAAUAACGUUUUAAAUGCUACGAAAACCAUCAGGUUAGGAUUCAUUCGUAAAGUUUAUGGUUUACUUUCAAUGCAAAUUCUACUGACGUUCAUUAUAGCCAGCAUAUGUUUGUUUACACGGCCUAUUAGGAAUUUCGUCCACACGAACAACUGGAUGAUGAUGUUAUCUUUAAUUGCAAGCAUCGCAAUACUCAUACCUCUACAUUUUAAAAGAAAAGAAUCGCCUGCUAAUUUCAUACUUUUAACAGCGUUUACAGUCGUUCAAGCAUACACAGUCGCUGUUAUAGUAACUUUUUAUUCCCAACUCGUUGUUUUACAAGCAUUACUGUUAACUCUGGUGGUUCUAACAGGAUUGACUUUGUUUACUUUCCAGACUAAACGGGAUUAUUCUGCUCUACAUUCCGGGUUAUUUGCAGGUUUAUGUAUUUUGAUUUUUGGCAGUUUUUUGCAAAUAUUCGUAAUACAAUCGACAGUAUUUGAGCUCGUUAUAUCUUUGGGUGGAGCUUUUAUAUUUUGUUUGUUUAUUAUUGUCGAUACACAGAUGAUUAUGAAAACCUUAUCUCCUGAAGAAUAUAUUCUGGCCACUAUUAAUUUGUAUAUGGAUAUCAUUAAUUUGUUUUUAUAUAUUUUACGUAUUUUGCAAGCCAUGAAUAGACAAUAGGAUCUUGUAUGAACAAAUUUAUUCAAUAAAAUUACAUCUGCAUGCAUUUUAUUUGUUAUUAUGGUUGUGAAAAGUUUAAAUUUUAUUUACAGUUGACUAAAAAUAAACUUAGAUAAACUAAAUUGGGUUUAUAUAAUUCGUAAUGUUCCUAAAAUCUUCCUAACGUCCUUCGAGCGAAAUUUUCAAUUAUUUUUGAGGUUAGAUUUUUAAGAAAAAUCCGUACUUCUCGUGGGUUUAAAUUUCAAACUAAAUCACACGAUUAUUUUGAACAAACACGAUAAUUAAUCUACUAUUAGAUGAAUAAGAAAAUAUUCAAUUUAUUAGGUACGGUGUCUCCAAAAAAGAAAAUUGACAUCUUUUUUACAAUCAAUUUUAAUGAAACGAGUCGCUUUAUAUAAAAAUCUGCAUGAGCUACAACUCAACAUGCAACAAUCAGAUAUUAAUUUUUUAGUAGUAUACGAGGUAUGGUUAAAAAAUAAUGAGUUUCGAUGUUUGAUUUUUCAAAAAUAUUAGAGAAACUUUUGACAUUCUUUCGUAUAUAGUUUGUAAUCAUAAUAAAAACAAGUUAUUUCGGCGAAAUUAUUACUUCGGGUUUUACAAGUAAUUCCAUUGAUCCACUUCUGGUUCGAUUUUUAUAACUGGAUUUAUAAAUUACACGAAAAAACAGUUCUUGAUUGUAAAAACAAAUCACAGAGAAAGACAGGAAAACGAGAAGAUUGAAAGAGAAAAGGAAGAGACGAGAAAAGGGGUGAGGAAAAAAGAGGAACGAGAAAGAGCAAGAAGAAGAGAUUGUUGUUUAAUAUUUUCGAUGAGAAGGAUGGAGUGAAAACUCGUACAGUGAAGACAAAAGAAAAGAGAGAAAUAGGAAAUAUAGAACGGAAAAAGGUAGACAAAGAAAAGAAAUAGACGUAAAGAGUGGGAGAAGUUAAGGGAAAGAAAUAGAAGAUGGAAAGAAAGGUGUAAGUAAGAGAGUAAGAAAUGGGAUAUGAGGAAAAGGGAGAGAGAAGAGAAAAAGAAACGAGGGAAAGAUAUGGAGAAGAAUAGAGGGAGGGAGAGACUGUAGUCUUUGAAUUUUUCAAAUUUCAAAAUAUCAUUGAUAAAAGAGUGGAGGGGAGAAAAGAUGAGAGAGAGACUAAAGGAAAGAUGUGAAAAAAGAAAGAGUACAGAGAAAAGGGAGAAAAAGUAAGGGGAAAGGCGAUAUAAAUUGUG